UUGGUUGCUGUGUUCCGCUCGCCUUCCACCAGCAACCUUUGAUUGGGCCGCAGGUGCGUUCGUCAUACCCUUUGUACCCUACCAGAGCCCAGCUCAGUGGCGAUGGUGGGUUGGCUUCCCUGCGCUGAACCCGGGAAAACGCGCGUGGUUUGUUAGAAGGGACGGAUCCUGCCUCCUCUGUUGUCCUUUGGAGUCCAGGUAGGCUCUGUAUGUUGCUUUGCUUUCGUUGAGAGCCAGGCAUGAGAGUUGCAGCGAAUACCCAGGGAGAGGUCUGUGUGUGUGUGUGUGUGUGUGUGUUUGUGUGUGUUACGGGGGGGGGGGUUCCUGUGGUUUCUUAAGGGCGAGGGAAAGAGCCUUCUGCACAUGCUCAAGUGAUGUGCGCUCACUUCUAUUUUUUCAGGGCGUGAGCCGUGGUACUGAAAGCAGACUUUAUGCAGCUCAGCACUGGAGAGUAUUGGCUUAGAAAAAUUUCUAAUUCUGGGUGGGGGACACGCACAGAUGUGAUGCAUCCACAACUCCCUAUGUGCCUGCAGCAGAGAAGCCGCAGAGUCUUGUGUAGGUGGCGUACGUUUGAAGCACGUGACUUCUCCCAAAUCAUCCUGGGAAGUGUAGUUUGUUAAGGGUGCAUGGAAUUGUUGCUCGGCGAGGAUUAAGCUACAAGUUCUCAGGAUUCUUUGGAGGAAAGUGUUUUACAUGUACAGUGCAUAAUGCAGCCAGAGAUUUAGCCAACAUCAGUCAUAUUCUGUGAAGACCCAUUGAAAUGAAUAGACAUAACUGACUUAGGUCUGUUAAUUUCAUUGGGUCUACUCUGAGUAUAAUUUGGUUGGAUACAACCUGCAGACAGUGUUCACAUGUUGGAAAAGGCACAGGAGUUGCCAUUCUGAGUUCCCUGUGAAGAGGGAUUGGUCUUUAAACUACCCUGGAAAUUGUAACACUUGGAGGAAAAUAGGGGUCUCCUAACAACUCUCAGCACCCUUCACAAACUACAGCUCCCAUAAUUCUUUGGGGGAAGCCAUGACCGCUUAAAGUGGUAUCACAAGGCUUUAAAUGUAUGGUGUGAAUGAAGCUUCGGCUAAAUUCUUUAUCCUUUGCUGCUAACAACCACUUUGUUCAGCAAGCUUCUCUCCCUGCAUCUCUUUCAGGCCUGGUCAGUCAUGGCAUCAUCAAAGAGGGCGGCCAGUGAGGGAAAGUAUUGCAGAGACUGGGAGGAAGAGGAGGAUCUGAAGGUCUGGCUUUGCCCCGUGGCAGGAGACCAUGGCAAAGCAGCCUGCAGGUUCUGCAAGGGUACAAUGCCUGCUGGCUACUCUGACCUUCGGCUGCACAUGGCCACGGCUGAGCAUCAGAAGCAUUUGCCUCCAGGUUGUUCUGUGCCUUCGGCUGAUGAGGGGCUUGGUGACCUGAAGCAUUCUGGUAGUGGAGCCACCAUUCCCAGGAGGACGGAGGUAACAAACGGGAGAUGUCCCAUGAGUGGGUUGUGUCUCUGUGUGAGUUGUAAUUCCAGGGUUUCUGGAAGCAUAUCCAGAAUAUCUUAUCGGUAUUGUGUAUAUAUGUACCUUCAGAAUAUCCUGUGGAUAGAAAUAUCCUAUGGAUAUACAUAGAAGUAUAUAAGUACGGUAUAGCAUAUUCUAUUAUUAUUAUUAUUAUUAUUAUUAUUAUUAUUAUUUAUUUAGCCUAUACUUUUUGGGGACAAGUGGGGCUUUUGGCCAGCAGGGAAUAGAUUAGUGCUUGACUUAAAAUAGCUGCCAGGUUUAGCUCGCAACUCCCAAUCUCAACAAUUUUUAAUAGCAAACUGAUGGAAAAAAUCCUUACUAGUUGGUUGGAAUGAAGGCACACAGUUACCGUGACUUCCUUCGCCAGGCAUUGUUCCCAUCGGCCAGUUCACCAAAGGCAAAAGAGGAAGAAAUGGAUGAGGCGUUGGUGAGGAACAGGAACGGAAAUUCAGCAGAGGUGUUUCAGUUCAGCGCUGAGCCUACCUUGGAAGACAUGUGAGACACCUUCCUUUCUCUCUUCCCACCUCACAGGCCCCACAUUUAUGGUUGAUUAUAACUUCACCCUCUCCUCCUUCCCACCCCCAAAUCUGAACCAAUGUGCAGGGGUCAUUGGUGCCAUUUGGGACUGGUAGGGCAGAAGGUGGGGAGACUAACAGUAGGUGGCGCCAGAGCCACUGUAGGCGGAGCCAUCCCCUGGCUGGUUGUAAGUGGCAGGGAAGUGGAGACUAGUCAAGAGCAAGUCUGAAGCUGCUGUGGCAGUGCCCCCUUUGCCCUAAUGGACCAGCCUCUGCUGAACACAACAUCAACCUCUCUUCACCUCUCUGUCUCUCCCACAGCCGAAGACUCCAGUCUGGUUUCACAGCUGAGCGUGGCUGGGGGAAGUACCACCAACCUCGGAAUCUGCUGCUUGCCCUUGUUGGGGAGGUUGGGGAGCUGGCGGAGCUCUUGUGAGUACGGGUGACGGGAUUGCAGAAUAGGCCUCCCUCCACGGGAAGUAUUUUGGGGAGUGAAGGGAAGGAGAGGAUGUAGGCCUAAAGAUGCUUUCAUAGAAUCAGAAGGGUCCUUGGCAAUCAUCUGAUCCAGCCUUUGCCAACCUGGUGGCCUCCAGAGGUUGUUGGACUACAACUCCCAUCAGCUGGCACCACCUCCUGAGGUAGUCUGUUCCACUGUCAAACAGCUCUUACUGUCAGAAAGUUCUUUCUGAUGUUUAGUCAGAAUCUUUCUUGUAACUUGAAUCCAUUGGUUCGAGGCCUGUCCUCCAGAGCAGGAGAGAACAAAUUUGCUCCGUCUUCCAUGGGACAGCCCUUGAGAUAUUUGAAGAUGGCUAUCGUAUCUCCUCUCAGUCUCAAUUGAACGGUUUCCCUCUGGAGGUUGUGGACACUCCUUCCUUGGAGGCUUUUAAGGAGAGGUUGGGUGGCCUUCUGUCAUGGAUGCUUUAGUUGAGAUUCCUGCAUUGAACUAGAUGACCCUCAGGGUCUCUUCCAACCUUAAAGUUCUAUGAUUCUUUUCCAGGCUAAACAUACCCAGCUCCUUCAACUGUUCCUCAUAAGGCUUGGUUUCCAGGCCCUUGAUCAUCUUGGUUGUCCUCUGCACAUGUUCCAGAUUGUCAGUAUCAUUCUUAAGUGGCAUUGCCCAGAACUGGGCACUCAGGGGAACACUUCAUGCAUCUGAGGGAGUGGUCUGCAGUUGACGAAAGCUUAUGCCACAAUAAAGUUGUUAGCCUUUAAGAUGGUGGCGGGAUGGACCCCUUUUCAGCCCUAGAGCCGCAUUCCCCUUUCCUGGAGACAAAAGUGGGCAGAGCAAUCAGUCUAAAUUUUAUCUUCGUAACGUAGGUUAAUGUCUACACGCAUCUUUCUCUGCCCUUCAAGAGGCAUGGUUGGUGUUCAAAGACACAUUUCAGCCAGGCAAAAUGUCUCUGGGGGGAGAGGGUGAGGCCUAAGCAGAGUUCCAAGAGCGAGGCAGAGAGGCCUAGUGGGUGCAGUCAGCCCUCAGGUGCCUCCCUCCUGCUUUAAGGUGUCCCAAGAGCCUUUGCUGGCUUUGCUGCAACAAACCACCAUGACUUCCCUUUGGAAGCUUCGAAUCCCUUCUUAGCGCCUUCCCCUCCUUACGCCAUCGUUUCUCUCCUGUUGCCCUUUAGCCAGUGGCGGGAAGAAGCCCCCGAAGGCCUCCCGGGCUGGACGGUGCCUGAGCGUGAAGCCCUCUCCGACGAGCUCAGUGAUGUCCUCAUCUACCUGGUGGCUCUGGCGGACAAGUGCCGCGUGGACCUUCCCUCGGCCGCCCUCCGCAAGAUAGGGAAGAACCGCCUCAAAUACCCAGCUGAGCGAGUUUAUGGGUCGUCCAAGAAAUACACCGAAUAUGAGAAACAACAGGACGGUGCUGCUGUUUCUUCCGGAGCAGCGAGGGGAGAAAACUUUUGUGUGGCUUUGGGAGCCUCCCGUCCUCCGGACACAAGCUGCGAGGGCUCAAAUGGCGCUGGGGCUUCAGGGCUCAGGCAGGGCAGCGCCUCAAAACAGGCCUCUACUUCGUCGUAGUCUUUUGUGAGAGGAGUCUAAAAAGCGCUAAUGCAAAGGGAGCGAUGUGGGGAGGGAAGGAUGCUGCCAUUAUUUCCUCCCUCUCCUUUUAUGUUUUUGAAGGUUUAGAUGAUGCUCACUCCAGUGAGGAAGGGAGCUGUUUCUGGCAGGGGAAUUGAAAGUGACUAGUCUGUGGGGGAAGGCCCUUCACUCUACACAGGCAUUAUGACUUUACCUCAGAUGUGAAACUGACAAGGGCCUUCUACACACUUCGCCUCCUGACUAGGGCCCAGUUAGAUGCCUCCAUCUUAGUUUUUGUUUUUUAAGAAAAGAAGCUGUGGGAAGCUGCCUGUUUGAACUGACUAAUGGGAGGUUAGGGCUGCUUUGCAUCUGAAUUUUUCCUCAAGCUUUUUCCCCACUGUCCAUUGGUGUGUGUGGAAGAGAUGCAUUUCCCCCAUGGGUGUAAGAGCAGCUUGAGAAGCCCCUUUAAGCAGGGAAAUGGUUGGAGUAGGGACCCUCACCAGGGUCCUUCCUCUGCUCAAACUGGCAGUCUCCCGUGGCUGUUUUCAUUUUAAUACGUACAUGGCCUUCAGCUCCUGAGAGACUAUAUCUUUUUCAGGCUGCGUCAUUGUAUGUCCAAUCAACAACCAUAUUGGCUUUCUUGGUUACAGCAUUACAUUGAGAGCUUAAGCGUUACAAUUUUUCCAUUCUGAAAAAAAUGACUUAUUUUAGUAUUGUCUCCUUGAGGCCUCAUCCGCUGCCCAGUUUUUCAGCUAUCCACGUGACCUCAUGACCCUCAUUUCAAAUAAUAGUGCAGCACUUUUGUUGCUGAGUACUUUUGUCUGUCACAGUUAAAUUUCUCUGGAGAAAUAAUCCUGAAUAAAUAUAUCAAGUGGAAGUGAAAAUAGGAAUCCGUAGAGGAGCAUCUGUUUGAUGACAGGCUUCUUUGGAGAUACAUAUUUUGUGCAUGAUAGUUUGUGGGAAAGUAGAUGCAUACAAAUGAUUUGGAGAUCUGUUAGGGAGCCAGUCUUCAGCCUUGUAAAAUACAUUUUAUUUCCAUU